CUGCCGCCGGCCGGACUUGUUGACCAGACCUUUCCUCUUCCACCGGCACCGGGGGACUGGGGAACAGGAAGCCUGUCCCACACAGGGCGCGGGACGGAACUCGGCCUGCACUGCUCUCUCUGAGGAGGAUUAAACAUGCAGAGUCAGGACCGGGACAAGUAUCUGGACAUCGAUGAGGACCAGAUCCUCCAUCAGCUCUCGGAGAAUGAGCUGGAACAGCUGGAUUACGAGCUAACGGAGAUGGAUCCCGAGAACGCCCUGCUGCCCGCCGGUCUCAGACAGAGGGACCAGACCAAGAAGACCCCCACAGGUCCCUACGACCGGGAUCAGCUACUCGACUACCUGGAAAAGGAGGCGCUGGAAGUGAAGGAGAGGGAGGACCUGAUCCCCUUCACCGGAGAGAAACGAGGGAAGCCCUUUGUGCCGAAGGAGAGGGAGCUGACGCAGUUCGAGAAGGACGCGGCUGUGAUCCUGGAGCCCGAGCUGGAGGAGGCGCUGGCCAACGCCAGCGACGCGGAGAUGUGUGAUAUCGCUGCAAUUCUGGGGAUGUACAAGCUGAUGAGCAACAAGCAGUACUACGAUGCGCUGGCAAGUGGAACAAUCAUCAACAAGGAGGGCAUAAACAGUGUUGUGAAACCGGAUUCUUAUGAAUAUAAACCAGUGCCCGAUGAACCGCCCAACGAAACGGACGUAGGGGACACCAUGAAGAGAAUAAAAAACAACGAUAAGGAUCUCGUGGAGGUCAACCUCAACAACAUUCAGGACAUCCCCAUCCCAACGCUAAAGGAACUGGCCGAUGCCAUGAAACACAACAGCCAAGUGAGAAGCCUGAGUAUGGUCGCAACCCGGAGCAACGACCCCGUGGCCCAUGCACUGGCAGAGAUGCUCAAGGUGAACACCUCGCUGAAGAGUCUCAACAUCGAGUCGAAUUUUAUCAGUGGAGUGGGGAUGGUGGCCAUAGUGAGAGCAAUGAAAGAAAACAACUCUGUGACAGAGCUGAAGAUCGACAAUCAGCGCCAUCAGCUGGGUGAUGCCGCCGAGAUGGAGAUUGCCAGUAUGCUGGAACAAAACACAAACAUCAUCCGGUUCGGGUACCACUUCACGCAACAAGGCCCAAGAGCGCGCGCAGCCAUUGCCAUUACCAAAAACAACGAUCUGUUGCGUCAGCAACGGAGGCGGUGAGAAAGGACUUGCGACGGAAGCUGUGACGUCUCCAGGUCUUUGCCGCUGAUUGGAUCUUCGCCCGGCAUCUACGGAUAAACGGGUGGCUGCUUUGUGGAAAUGCCAGUGUCCUGGCGGAAAGCCUUGCCCUCUUGCCUUAGCUUGAGAGGUUGAGGGUGAGGGGCUUUAGGGAAUUUAAACAGACAAUGAUUACGAAUAAAAUGAGUCGCAAGUUUACAACUUU